AUGGCAUCAUCUCCAACACUUUUCACUGCCUCUAAAAGGCAGACACUAACAUAUCUAUUGGGUGUCUGCCCGUUUUCUAUCGCAUUCCUAGUCUUCAUCAACUCAUCCGUCUCGUUUGUGGUGACUGACCUCAUUGGGCUUCACAAUGGUGAGGGCGACGCUGUCGGCACCCUCGGAUUCGCAGAUGAGUUACUUGCACUGGCUGCUUGUCCUUUAUGGGGGGGGUUCUGUCCGACCGUGUGCACGGUGGGGUAUCUGAUUAUCGCGCUGGCGCUGGUUCUCUUCGUGCAGGCCACGAACGUCUACCCUCAACUUCUCCUCGGAAGGCUGCUUUUCAGUCUUGGUGGCUCGGCCGUGUCGACUAUGGUCACAGCAGUUCUGCCGAGUGUGACGGGUAAAGCACACGCCGCCUGUUCAUACCGCGCGUCCGUCUCGUCCGAGUUGACGAUCACGCCUGAGCGAUUGCGAGCUGCUGGCGGCGCAUCCGGAACUUCCGUGGCCUCGCCUUCUGCUCGGCUUUCUGGAUUUGUUGGAUUAUUCGCGGGAUGUGGCGCCCUUGUUUCGCUUGCCGUUUUCUUGCCCCUUCCGGCUCGGUUUGAGAAGCUGGGUCUUUCGCCGGCCGAGGCAAUUCAGCGUAGUUAUUAUUUGGUGGCAAGUGUGGCUUUAAUCAUCGGAUUGGCCAGUUUCAUUGGUCUUCGCAAUCUUCCUGGUGAAGAAAAGAAAGGAUGGAGUUCAUUGUGGAAUUGCGAUUACCUGGAGGAUUCCGACGACUAUGAUGAUCACAGGACGUCACCAUCCAGAAUGCCAUACUGGAAACAACUGACCACGGCUAUGAUGCUCGGCUUCCGCAAUCGCAGCAUCGGAUUGGGAUAUGUGGGAGGCUUUGUUGCUCGGGCUUCAUCGGUGGGGAUUUCAUUGUUCAUUCCCCUGGCUGUAAAUCAUUACUAUCGAGUGUCUGGGCUUUGCGACGAGCUACAUGAACCGAAACCAGGCUCGGGGCUAGGGGAGAUCAAGCGGGCGUGCCCCAAAGCCUACAUCGUCGCCUCCAUCUUGACGGGGGUGUCUCAGCUCGUGGCUCUAAUUGCCGCACCAGCGUUUGGGUACUUGACAGACAAGUCCCGGCGCUAUAACUUCCCACUUCUGUUUGCCGCCCUGGUGGGUGUGGUGGGCUACAUGGCCUUCGGGCUCUUACCGAGUCCGCAGUACAAGGGACCCGAUGGCAGCGGUGGAGUCUUUGUAAUCAUGGCUCUUGUUGGGAUUAGCCAAAUUGGCGCGAUUGUCUGCAGCUUGGCGGUGCUCAGCAACGGGAUUCUGAGCGUCAGCAUCGACGAUGAGACAUUGCGGAAGAUCUACGAUGAGCAGAAUGGCUCGCAGGGCGAAGGUGGGGAAUCAACCGAGAAUCAGUCACUGCUUGCAGGAUCGGUCAAUCGGCGGUUACAGCAUUUGUCACAUCUAAAGGGAUCCAUCGCGGGCGUCUACUCCCUGUACGGUGGGGCGGGAAUCCUGCUGCUCACCAAGGUGGGCGGACUCUUGUUCGACAAGUGGUCUUCGGGUACGCCAUUCUACAUCAUGGCUAUUUUCAACGGGAUCUUGCUUGCGACGGGGAUUGUGUGUGGUGUCAUGAAUCAUGUUGCGCCGAGGAUGGCUGUGGCCCUAUAG